GCUUCAAGCUUUAGAGAGAGAAAUACAGAGAGUGUCUGCGUCAGCCAACACAGAGCUUCUAGCUUUAGAGAGAGAGAGAGAGAGAGAGAGAGAAUCUAAUCAAUACCGGAGAAACUUUAACGGCAAAGACCAACUCUUUCUUUCUUCUCCGGCCAAGAUGAUAGCUUACCUGGAAUGUUUCGUUCAAGAAAACGACACCGAGUCAAGGCCCUACGACGUCGUCUCCGGCCUAAGCGACGCCCUCGACCUCCAAGGCACCAUCGACUGCGGCGACGCCGCCGAGCAAUCCGCCAAAGAUUUCGGCGGAAUGAACUCCCUCCCUCCUCUCGCCUUGGUCCGCCCCGCCGGCUCCGGCGACGUGGCCAGCGUGGUGAGAGCGGCGGCGAAUCUAAAUCUUACUGCGGCAGCGCGGGGGAACGGCCACUCCAUCAACGGCCAGGCCAUGGCCGAUCGAGGCCUCGUCCUGGACAUGCCGGCCAUGGAGGACCAUUUCCGGGUGGUGAGGACGAGCAAUGACUCCGGCUACGCUGACGUGUCAGGAGGGGCAUUAUGGGAAGAUGUGCUUAAACGGUGCGUUAGGGACUACGGGAUGGCGCCGCGAUCGUGGACAGACUACCUCAGCUUAACCGUGGGCGGAACUUUAUCCAACGCUGGCGUCAGCGGUCAGGCUUUCCGUUACGGCCCGCAGACCUCGAACGUAACGGAGAUGGAGGUCGUUACGGGGAAGGGCGAGACUUUCGUUUGCUCGGAAGCGGAAAACACGGAGCUCUUCUUUUCCGUUCUUGGCGGGCUGGGUCAGUUCGGUAUCAUCACCAGAGCUAGAGUCCUUCUCCAGCAAGCCCCGGACAUGGUGAGGUGGAUAAGGCUGGUGUACACCGAGUUCGACGCCUUCACUCGCGACGCCGAGUCGCUCGUCACUCGCCGCCGCGACGACGGCGAUGACUCGUUGGAUUACGUGGAAGGCUUUGCGUUUAUGAACAGCGACAACCCGGCGGAUGGGCUACCCUCGGUGCCUCUUCACCCGGAUCAAGUAUUCGAGCCGACCCGACUUCCUGAAGAAGCUGGAUCAGUCCUCUACUGCCUCGAACUCGCUCGUCACUACCGCAAUUCUGACCACCCUUCAAUUGUUGAUAUGGGCGUGGAGAGGAUGUUGGGAGGCCUAGAAUUCGUGGAGGGAUUGGAGUUCCAAGUGGACCUGGGAUACGAAGAGUUUUUAUUGCGAGUGAAGCAGGCGGAGGAGCACGCCAGGGCCAGCGGCAUUUGGAAUGCUCCUCACCCUUGGCUAAAUCUUUUUGUGUCGAAAUCGGAUAUCGCUGAAUUCGACCGUGUGGUCUUCAAAAACAUCCUCAAGGACGGCAUUGGUGGCCCGAUGCUCGUCUACCCUCUGCUACGUAGCAAGUGGGAUGAUCGUACGUCUGUGGUGUUACCGGAAAGCGAGAUCUUCUACAUAGUGGCGUUUCUGCGGUUCACUCUGGCAUACCCGAAAGGCCCCUCGUGUGAAAGCCUGGUUGCUCAAAACCAGGAGAUUGUCCAGUACUGCACAAAGAAGGGCUUCGACUUCAAGCUGUAUCUGCCACAUUAUCGAUCGCAGGAGGAAUGGAAGCGGCAUUUCGGGAACCGGUGGAGCAGAUUUGUCGAGCGGAAGACUUGCUUUGAUCCGAUGGCUAUCCUCGCUCCGGGACAGAAAAUUUUCCCGAGAAAUAUCCCUAAAUCCUAGCUGCUCUAUAGCAAAUAUUUGUUGUCAUUUCUGGUUUCUCCAGUGUAAUUUUUCCUCCCUUUUUUGUAUUGUUAUGGUGGGCCAGUACCAUUGUUGUUAUCAAUCGAACAAUUCAACAAAAAAGCUAGCUGUUGGAAGCAAAUUUAUGUAAAGGAAUUAGUUUCAGCAAAAAGAUGUCGAUCCUAUUCUUU